AUGUUGGAUUUUGAAGACUCCAAGAAGCUUGCCCCCCAUGCCACAUCUCUCCUCAAGAACGUCCACAAAUGCAAAGUUUGUCCAUACUUGACAACAUCAGUUUUUCUAAUGGUGAACCACAUGAAGCGUCACCGCUCAUCAAUAACUCCAUUCAACUGCGAAACCAGCAACAUUGAAACCUACUAUUGCUCAAAUUGUGAUUUCCAGACCGAAUUGACGCUUCAUUUCAAACAACACAUCGAAGAAAGUCAUCGUGUUAAAAGACAAAAGCAGCAAUUGUCCAAUGUGGAAUAUAUUUUCAAAAACUAUAUGUGUCCAAAGUGCAAGUUUGAAACACAUUUUUUGAUGAAGUGGCGUCAACACACCAUGGAGUGUAUGGGGAGAAAAAAGAAACGCGUGAAGCGAAUUACGAAGAUUCUUCUGAAACGGUUUGAGUGUGACCAGUGUGAUUUUAAGUCAAAAUAUAAACGAUCCCUGAAUAACCACAAAAUUUCCAAGCACUUGAAAGAUGAUGAGAUUCUUUGGUAUAAGUGUGAAGAGUGUUCAUUUAGAAGUAAGCAACAAGAACAUUUAAAAAAACAUAUUAUGAUGCAGCAUUUGGAUGAUAAAGAUGUUAAAUGGUUCAAGUGCCAAGAGUGUCCGUACAAAACCAAGCGACAACACUUGCUAAAGCAACACAUUAUUAUACACCAUUCAAAUGGACAGGAUAUUAAGUGCUAUGAAUGCCCACAGUGUCCGUACAAAACUUAUUUAAAGUCGUAUUUAACUAAUCACGUGAGUUCGCAGCAUUCAGAUAAAUGGUACGAGUGUAAAGUGUGCCCGCACAAAACGAAGCGCAGACAAGAUUUAAAGCGCCACGUUAGUCGAAAACAUGAUCAGACAAAAUAA